AUGGCCACGCCUGACUGGCAGGUGAGCGAAGCGCCAGUCUCUGCAACCUUCGUCUGCAGCACCCGCUGGCGAGUGGCAUUGUGCGCCAGGAGGCGAGAGGAGCCCGACCCGCUCGUGGAGAAGGAGGGGCAGAACAUCCUGCUGCAGAUCCAGGGGAAGUACGCCUACUUCCGCCCCACCAUCCAGGUGGAGCUGGAGCACGAGGACCCCAAGACCACCCGGGAGAUCUUCAUCCGGAGCUGGAGACUGGAAGACAAGAUGCUGGGCGUCUUGGCCAAGUGCUUGCCGACCCUCACCAGCCUCCAAGCCAUCCGCCUCUGGAAGGUGGGCCUGACGGACCUCUCCCUGCUCUCCUUGAUCUCCAUCCUGCCCACCUGCCCCAACCUGAAGCUGCUGUCGCUGGAAGGGAACCCGCUGCCGGAGCGCUCUUUCCACAAACUGAUUGGUGAAGAGAGCACCUUGGCCCACGUCUCCCUGCGCAACAACGACAUCGACGACGAGGCAGUCGCUCUGAUUGGGCAGGCGCUCUCCUCCCUCCGGACCGCCAACAAGACCCUGGUCUCCAUCAACCUCAGCUACAACCACAUCACGGACGCGGGAGCCGCCUCCCUGGCAAACGGCUUGCGCCUCAACCGCUCCCUGCUUUCCCUCUCGCUGUCGCACAACCGCAUCGGGGAUGACGGAGCCCUGAAGCUCGCUGAGAUCCUCGCCCCCUUUGCGCUCACGCACACCGAGGUCGUGGAGAGACGGCGGCUUUUGCUGGAGAAGGAGUACCACGACCGAUGCCGGAUGCCCCAGAGGCAAUCGGAUGUCAAGUCCGACCGUCCUUCCAGCCACCUGAGCAGCACCACGCUGGAGAAGCUGCAGCCCGUCAAGGCCGGCAAAGUGGCCGGAGGCGCCAAGAAGAAAGAAGCUGCCAAGAAGGAGGAGAAGGGGCCGGGGAGUGGUGGGGCAGCCCCGCAGGCCGGCGGAACCGCUCAGGCCAAGAAGGAAGAGGUCAAGCAAGCCAAGAAAGCCAUCCCCGCCCCGGAACAGAAAGCCGCUCGCGGUAAAGGAGCAAAAUCUGGCAACAAGGACAAGCGGUCCCAAGUCCUGGAAGUGGAGGCCAUGGAGCCCAUGGAGAUGGUGAACCCGCUCCUGGAGCAAGCCGAACACAGAGACGGGAAGGUUUUCCUGCCCGGAAAUCGCGUCCUUAUCUACCUGAACCUCAUUCGCAACCAAAUCACAGAGUGCGGCUUGAAGGCCUUUCUGACUACGGUGGAGCAGCAGGCGCUCAAGGGGCCCAGCCCGGGAAAGGGGCCCGCGGGGCUCCUGCGACUCUCGCUGGGGAAGAACAACUUUCCCUCGGAGAGCAGGACCUUUGCCCGGAUCCAAGAGCUCAUGACGCCUCGUGACCCCCUUCCGAGGACCACCAAGAUAGCGGAAGAGGACCAGGUUUCCAGUAUAUAGCGCCAGCCCACCAGCACCCAAUCGUCGUUCCCUCUCCCCCCCUCCCCGUGCCUUUGGAUUCAGUUUCAGCCGCCGGGCUGAGCGAGGCCAUCGCAG